AUGGUAAAAACUGUUUUUCAAGUUUCCCUUAUUGUCUUAAACAAAACUGUAAAAAGAGCCCAAGAUAUAACGCAUGGAGCUUUGUUUACCCUGAUUGUUAUUAUUUUUGGGAUCUUCGGGUUUAAAAAUCAAUCAUUUAACUAUCCUAGGUUUACCUGGUGACAUUUUCUAACUCUGAUUGCUGUAUCAUGGUCAUCAUUUAUCACAACAAUUAAUAUAGGGCUUGGCAAGACUACUAAUCCUUUAUGGGUAUGCUUACUGGCUAUCGGGUGGGUUAUAAUAGCUAUGGUUGGCUUAUAUGUCCAAAAGAAAAAAUAUCCAAGUAUGCUGUUUAGGAAGAAAGGAAAGGAUACAAGUACUUUAUUUAAAUUUGCGUUUACUUUUAGCAAAACCCGAUCUAAAAUCACUCCUCAAAAGCUGUCUGAAAAUAGACUAAGUUAA